ACUUGAAAAAGGUUGAACGUGCCAAUAUCCAUUCUUCUUAACCCUGAAGGUUUAUUUGUGACGUCAAUACCGUCAACUCAAGAGAAUAUACCGUUUACCGUUGAAAACUAUGUUUCUUACCAAUCAAACAACUUGUUUUUGAAAAGUAAUUGUAUAGCGUCGACAGCACGAGAUUAUCAUGGAAAAGGCGGCCAACACGAGCCAUGUUGCUGCUGGACUGUCCUUAAUUUUUUUUCUUUUAGUAAUUUUCUCGACAGCGAAAACAGGUGGCUACCAUUCUUGACUAUAUGAGUUUUUUCAGAAUCAUAUUGUUGCAAGGACGCCGACGAAUUUUCUGUUCAUGGAAUCUGAAAUUGAACAUAACAUAAUUAUUCGAUCUCGCCAACUGUUUGAUAAAAUUACUGAAGGAGGUAAUGGCUUUACACAGAAUAGGAGAAAAGUAAGUUGGCUAUUGGAGCAAUUCCCCAGGCUUAUGAAACUUAGAGGAUAUAUUUAAGGAUGUGCAAUUACUGUAGAAAAGCUCACUUUUUCUGGCGAAAACUUGAGGACAUGUGGUGACUUGAAAACAUUGUGAGAGAUUCUUUUAGUUUUCACUCUUUCAAAGAGGGACUGUGUUCCACUAGAGAUUUUUGGCGACUCCUGAGAAAGCAGUUCAUUGGUGAAAUGUGCAAAUGCCAAGAUCCUUUCCCUGAUGGUUGUCGAUGCUGCAAGUAAAAAUCAUAAGCGAGAAACAUAUGGAGCUGUUUACGUUCUAAAGGAACAUAUAGAAGAUUGCAGUUAUGAAGAUAAUCUGUAUGUAAAAAGAAAUUGUGGGCAUUGCUCAUGCUUGUAUUCAUUAAGGGCAGCUGAAGAUAUAAAAAUGUGUCUGGUAAGUAUCUACAUUUUCUACUUGCAAGAAAUAAAGUUAUUAUUUAUUGACGUGCCUGACCAGGCCCAGACAGCUUUCAACAUUCACCAUCGUCCACGUGAUACGUGUUACCUUGCCAAGAAAAACAUGUUGGUAAUGUGUAACCUUACAUUGAUGGUGUGAAGAAACAUUUUCCCGAUGCUUUUGUUAUUAUCAUUCCAUAAGAGAUCACGGAAAACCACAAUAAUAUACAAGCAAGAUAAUUGUCUCGGUGCUUCUCCAACUUAGCAAUGGACAGUUCUUUAAACCGUUCAAUUACAACAAAAUUCGAAG